AUGAUUAAGCCUAGAAGGAGUAAUUUUUCACUUUUAAUUGGGGUUGUCUUGGUGUGUGUGAUUGCAUUCUUGAGCAUGUAUGCACAUGCCGGUAAGGGUUCAUCAGCACCACCAAGAGCUGCUGCUCCGUCCGUGGCUAGAGCUCAACCACCUCCACAGCCAGUUUCAAGACCACCUCCAGUGGCACAACCAGUUUCUAAACCAGCUGCUGCUCAACCUGUAUCUAAACCAGCUUCAGUAAGCUCACCUGUUAACACUGGAAUUGUUUCCAACGUUAAUGAAAAGAAAUCUUUCCCAAAGGAAGGAGAUCCAUCUUUUGUUGGUCCUGUUCAACCAAAGAAACAACCAUCAACACCAGCUACUUCUAAACCAGAAGUACAAACUAUUGAAAAGAAAUCGGAAUUUCCAAAGGUAGACAACAAGCAUAAACCUGUCGUGGAUACCAAGAAAUCCAAUGAUGUUAUAGUAGCAAAUAUUAAUGAUAAGAAAUCUGAUAGCAAGGAAGAAACAAAACCUGAAAAGAUU